CAAGCCUCAGUGAUCUUACUACCUUGUAGUUGUUCAAUUGUAACAGAAUGAAACACAUUUUCAGACCCACCGUUGCUCAAAAUCUGCCACAACCUAAGUACCUGACUAUAUGCGAAUGCGAGGAUCUGGAGCAAAUCAUUGCCAAGGACGAUGGUGAAGAAAGAGACCAAAUUCCGGCAUCAUCAAAGGGCAAUUUCCAACCUAUAUGUUUCUGUGCACUGGCAAAAAUAAAAAUUGGAAGCUGCAAUAGAAUGAAAAGUCUCUUUCCGGUUAGCGCUGCACUGCCAAAACUAGAAACAAUCACAGUGGAAGGUGCUUCUGAGCUAAAGCAACUAUUUGGAGAUGAAAAUGAAGAAGCAAGUGUCCUGGAAGAGAAACAACUACUGCUGCCUAAACUGUGGAUGUUGGAUCUCCUUCAACUGCCAAGCCUUAUUACUUACUGUCCAAGGGGUUAUCAGCUUGCAAUUCCAAAUUUGAGUUCUUCAAUAGUUGAAGAUUGUCCCAAGCUAACUAUGACUUUCACUGUGAAUGCCAAGGCAUAGAAGUAGAGUGUCCCAAAUUUGUUUGGUUUCUAAGGCACCCUACAUGAUCAAGAAUGAUGCAUCAGAAGGAUGAUUUGCUGCAGUUUAUGGAGUAGCUAAUCAAAAUAGGACCCCUGGG